AUGGUCCUGCAGCCAGGUGUGCCCACACCCAGGCUGAGAGCUGAGUCCCAGCCCCACUGGCUGUGGUGUGGCUUCCAGCUCCAGGUGACCAUUAAGGCCAGUGAGAAGAUCUGGCAGCUGCAUAAGCAAGCAAGAACUGAGCUGAGAGGCGGGCAGCCAGAGCUCAUCACCUCCAGAGCGGAGCCGGUGGCCCUGUCCAGCUGGGAACUUGGGCCACCGCCAACAAAGCCCCUUGGAGGAACUGACCUAGUAACUUGCUUACGGAGUUCCCAGCAGCCUUACAGAAGUCACAAAACUGCAAAUAGUAGUGGAAAUGAAACCAGCAGUGGAGGCACCAAUCUUCUGGGGCCCUCUCAACUGACCACUGAUGGAGACCUGGAUGCACCCCUUACUGUGCCCCCUCUCAGCAUGGAGCAUCCGGAGCAGUCACCGCCCCUUUCCCUAGCAGCAGCUAGGGUCCCUACCUCUGGCUUGCUCCUCUUCGUUCUCAUUGUUCUCAUUUUCCCGGUGGCCCUGCCGGGCAGCCUCUCCGUGAUCCCCCCGACCCUCCUGGACACCCACCUCCACCCUCCCGUGUGCUUCCUGGUGAGCCGGCUCUCCCUGAUGGGCCUGAGCCGCAUCUCCACCAUCGUCCCUGAGGUGGCUUCCAGUUAUCUCUCUGGAAACAUGUCCAUCUCCUCAGUAGGCUGUGGGGUUCAGAGCUCCUUGUUCUUGCCUUUAGCAGCUGCAGAAGGAUUACUACUGGCAUCUAUGGCCUAUGAUCGUUAUGUAGCCAUUUGCUUUCCUCUCCACUAUCCCAUCCUUAUGAGCAACAGAGUGUGUGUGCUGCUGAUAACAGGAACUUGAAUAAUGGGCUCCAUCAAGUCCUGUGUCCACACCACGCAUAUCCUCCAUAUCCCUUACCGCCCAUCCAGGGCCACCAACCAUUUCAUCUGUGAUGUCCCAGCCACGCUGACUCUGGCCUGCACGGACACCUGGGUCUACGAGCACACAGUGUCUCUGAGCACCACUCUCUGGAUUGUGUUCCCUCUCAUUGUUGCACGUUCCCAUGGCCGUGCCCUACUGGCUGCCCACUGCAUGCCCUCACCCGAAGGGAGGAGGAAGGCUUAUUCCACCUGCAGCACCCACCUCGCCAUGGUGACCUCCUACUAUGGGCUUGCUGACACUUACCUGUGCCCAAGAUCCCUCCGAACUCCAACAGAGGGUAAAGUACUGACUGUGAUCUGUACCGUCCUGACCCCAACGCUCAACCCCAUCAUAUACAGCCUGAGAAACAAGGAGUGA